CAAACACGCAGCGAAGCCCUCACGCACUCACCUCUCUUGUCAUCAUCCACAAACUCCCAUUUUCCAUGUUCCACCGUCCGCCCGUUUCCUCAUCAGCACUUAAGCACGUGCAGUAGUAGUAGUAGAUCGUUCAACAACCGUCCCCAUCCGCCCCUCAUUCAUCCAACAAAAAGGACUCUCUCUCUCCCUCCUCACGGGAUGGACCCAUCGUCCCGUCCGCGCGAGCAUUCAUGUCCCGUGGAGCCGCCCGCUGCCCGUCAUGCUGGCGCCUGCCUCCCUCCCUCUCCUGGGCGGGCGGCCGCAGCCUGUCUGUCUAUCUGUCUAUCCCCCCCAGAAGGGUCGUCGCCCAGGCGGAUGCUCCCGCUCGACGGGGUCUUGGAUGGACGGCGUCGUCGCCCCCCAAUUUAGCGUGCCCGCGCCGCGCCUUUCGGUGCCCCCUUUCUUUGCCUAGCUCAUCUUGUCUCUCUCUCUCUCUAUCUCUCUCUCUCGUGCGCGAUCUCUCUCACUGUUGUUUUCCUAACCUGUCUUAACCCCGUCCCCGUCAGGGGGGAUCCUGUCCCGCAUCUUGCCUCUUCUCUCCCCGUCGUCUCUCGUGUUCGCCUCGUUUCUCUCUGCCCGCUUCAUCCCCCUCCCCCAUUCCCUCACCCGUGUUUUUGUUCCGUGCCGUGUUCGGGACGACCAACAACACAACCCCGGGUCCGCUACCGUGUCCGCACACACACACACACACACACACGCCCCCACACCUGCCGACCCGGUCCCCGUCCCCGUCUCCGUCCCGUCCCGUCCCGUCCCAACAACCACGUCCGUCGUCCAACGUCCGCCCCCCCCCCCCCUUCGGCCAUGGGGCUGCUCGCCGCGCUGACGGGCCCCGACCCGGCCUUCGCCGCCGUCGUCGCCGCGCUCGCCGUCGUGACCCUGCUGACCGUUCGAUGCGCCGCCGCAUACCUCCGGCUGCGACAGUUCGGCGGCCCGCGCUGGACGGGCGUCUCCAACUGGCCGCACAGCAUGGCCAUGCUGCAGAAUCGAUGCCACGAGUGGUACGAGGAGGCCAACGAGAAGUACGGUCCCAUCGCGCGGGUGGCUCCCAACGUGCUCGUCACGUCGUCGCCCGACGUCUGGGCUCACGUCAACACCAAGGCUGGGUAUAAGCGCUCCGCCUGGUACUACAACGCCUGCCGCAUCGAGCACCGGAGGGACAAUGUCUUUUCGCAGACGGACGUGGCCAAGCACGACUUCCGGCGGAAGCAGAUGGCUCCAGGGUACUCGGGCCGCGAAAACCUCCACCUCGAGUCCUCCAUCGACGAGCGCAUCGCCGAGUUCCUCGCCCUCAUCCGCGCCAAGUACGCGUCCGCCGCGCCCGAGCGCGCCGGCGUGCCCCUCGACCUCGGCGAAAAGGUGCAGUUCUUCACCCUCGACGUCAUCUCGGGCGUCGGGCUCGGCCGCCCCUUCGGCAUGCUCGCCUCCGACGCCGACAUCGACGGCUACCUGCGCUCCAGCGAGGACGGCCUGCGCGCCGCCAACGCCGCCCUCGCCCUCGGCCUCUCGUGGCUCGCCCACGCGCCCCUCCUCGGCCGCCUCAUCGCCCCCAGCCCCCGCGACGGGAGCGGCUUCGGCCGCAUGAUGGCCGCGUGCUUUCGUCGCGUCGAUGCCCGCGCCGCCGAGGAGGAGAAGGAGAAGAAGACAAACGGCGCCGCCAUCGCCGCCGCGGGUGACGGUCACAGUAACGGUGACAGUAAGCGCUCCGAUAUGCUCGCGUCGUUCAUGCGCCACGGGCUCGCCGGCGACGAGCUGCGCUCCGAGGCCCUCGAGCAAAUCAUCGCCGGCUCCGACACCACGUCGACGGGCAUCCGCGGCGCCCUGCUGCACGUCGUCACCAACCCGCGCGUCUACGCCCGCCUCCAGCGCGAGGUCGACGACGCCGUCGCCGCCUACGGCCUCGAGGACGCGGCCAUCAUCUCCCUCGCGCAGGCCAAGCGCCUGCCCUACCUGCAGGCCGUCAUCCGCGAGGCCCUGCGCGUCUGGCCGCCCGCCGUCAACAUCUUCGCCCGCGACGUGCCCCCGGGCGGCGACACCGUCCUCGUCGACGGCCACCGCCCCGUCUUCCUCCCCGGCGGCGCCUCCAUCGGCUACUCGGCCUACGCCAUGCACCACAGCGAGGCCAUCUACGGGCCCGACGCAAAGGCGUUCCGCCCGGAGCGCUGGCUCGCCGCCGCCGCCGAGGACCCGGACCGCCACGCCCUCAUGCUGCGCACAAACGACCUCGUCUUUGGCCACGGCAAGUACCAGUGCCUGGGCAAGCCCGUCGCCCAGCUCGAGCUGGCAAAGACUAUUUUUGAGCUCAUGCGCAACUUCGACAUGACGCUCGUCCACCCCACCAAGCCGUGGGACGCGCGCAACACCCUCGGCCUCUUCGUCAUCUCCGACAUGUGGGUGCACGUCACCGAGCGGCGGCAAUAAUCAAUCUCUCAUCUUCUUGGUUUUGCGCGCGGCUGUCGUCGCAAGCGUGCGUUUUUGUGGCGAGUUUUUCGCCUCUUGUGUGGUGCUAGCGUUGUCCCUACCUUGGAUUUGAUACUCCCCUGUCCUUUUUCUUUCUCCCUUUCUCCAACAGAUUCCCCCUUUCUUACCCCAGUCCAGUCUGUAUCUUUUCGUGCGGAGCCCUGCGUUGCUGUGUUUCGUGAAAGAGGGCGUGCUGUUCGCUCCUCGAUUUACGCUGUCAAGAUUGGCCGACUGAAAUUCGUUGCGACGGACUGUACUACUACUAGGGGAGCACCCAGGGAUGCUCGAGC